AAGGUAUUUUCUUGCACGCCCUCCUAUUACUCGUCGCCCAUAAUUCCGUUUAUUCAGCGUACACUGUCCGUUUGUCCAAACGACUCCAACAUUAUGGCCGCUCCUAGCGAAUUUGUUCCUAAACAAGCUAUGCCCUUUGACGGCAAGCUCUUUGACAUCAUCGGCGCCGAUGAGACGCUCACCAUCGCUAAACAUGAGAUGACCCUUCUUCCUCCAUUCCCAACAGGAGCUAUCAUUCACGACGCUGCUUGUGGGUUGGGACCGGUGACGCAGAGCAUCCUAGCAACAGCACCGCCCAGUGAUGUCAAGUUCUAUGCCACUGAUAUUGCCCCGCCCAUGGUUGGCAUCUACAACCAGGUCUCGUCAGGUAAUAAUUGGCCAGUGAAGGCUGAAGUCAUGGAUGCCCAGAACUUGACGUUUCCUGACGCCAUGUUUUCCCAUACCUUCCUCUCGUUUGGCCUCCCCAUCAUUGAUGACCCAGUGACGGCCGCAAAAGAGAUGUACCGCACACUCGCCCCCGGCGGCACUGCCGUUACCGCGUUUUGGCUACAGAUCCCCCAAGGCGAAUGUGCCCAGGAUACUCGCAUGGCCGUCUACGGGCCCGAUGCCCAUCUAGCCGUUGAACCGAAACCACAGCAUAAAGAUCGAGACUACCUUAAAAGCCUGUUGGUGCAAGGCGGGUUCGAGUCCACAGGCAUACAACUCUAUGUGAAGUCGGCGUUUCUCCCAGUCAAAGAUUUGGAUGAGUUCGCUCGGGCCAUUUGGACUGCCAUCGGCCAGCCCCCGGGAGGAUGGACUCAAGAGGAUGAGAACAGGUGGAAUGUAGCAGUGUCUGCGUAUAAGACGCUCCUCGCAAAGAAACCAGGCUAUCAUGUAGAUGAGAAUGGCAACAUUACACUAGAGGCCAUCGCCCAGAUAUGCAUUGUCAAGAAAGCUUGAUUAAUCCGUGUGUGGCGUCUCAUAGAUGGGAUGAAGGGUGACACCGUGGACACAUUGGAAGAAUCAAAACAGUUGCCUACCUAGGCACUUACUUAGGCAGGUCCUUAACACAAAUUAUAGGGGAUAAGCGCUAUAUUACAGCUAGUUUAGUGGGCUACUUCCCUAUAGUAUGGCGGGUAUGCUAAGUCCGAAGAUUUUCAGGUUAUCUCUCGCAAGUUCUAUCAUGUAGCACCAAUGAACCUUCAUGAGCCUCCCAUCUCUCUACUAUAAUACUAUCUGGUUCUGUUACGGCAAACAGACUCUGCACGAGGUCCAGGAACUUCUGAAACAAGGGACCUUAGCCUUUAGCUCCAGUACUAUUCAUAGGGACCGGCAACAAGGUAGCUACAUGAUAAGUAGUGUUUCAUCGCCUUGGGUUUUAUCUAACCUUGAGAUCUGGAAACUGGCUCGCUUCAACUUCCAAGUAACACCAUACACACUAUUUUGAGAAAAGCACAUGUUGUUGUACAUGGAUCUAACUUUAGAUAAUAAUGCACGAGCUCUUUUGAGUUGAGUUUCUUUCACAGAUUGACUAAUAAUUUGACUUACGCCUAUUUAUGCAAAAAUGAGUUAUUGAUGACUUUCCAACCAUUCUUCUAACUGAAUACGAUAAAUACUC